AUGUUCUGCAGCGUCUUCUGCAAAAGAGUGAUUUCUUCAAGGAAAGCUAUUCUCUGUUCAAAGAACGACAAUGCUGAUGCUAUUAACAGCAAGGUGAUGGAGAACGUGUUUGGUGAAAAGGUCAUUUUGUACUCUGCUGACACAGUGCAAUCCGAUCUGACCAACACUGAGGCCCAAGCCUAUCCCUCAGAGUAUUUACAAACCCUUUCGCCUUCAGGGCUGCCGCCAGCAGUUUUGGGGUUGAAAGUAGGUCUUCCUGUCAUGCUCUUGAGAAACUUCAACCCUGAAAGAAGUUUGUGCAAUGGUACAAGGCUCAUUAUGCAGCAGAUUGGACAAUAUGUACUGAAGGUGAAAAUCCUUGGAGGGUCAGAUGCAGUCGAGUUGAUUCCUCGCUUUACUUUGUCCACAUUGCCUGGCACAUUGCCAUUCAUUUUGACCAGAAAGCAAUUCCCGGUCAAGGUGUCUUUUGCAAUGACCAUCAACAAAUCGCAGGGUCAAUCUCUCAAAAAAGUCGCCGUGGAUCUCAGGAGUCCCGUAUUUACUCAUAGUCAACUCUAUGUUGCCAUGUCAAGAGCAACAUCUGCCAAUGACAUGACCAUUUUAUUACCCGAAAAUAUAGCACAUGCACAAAAUGGCGACGCCGACAUCGAGCGUAGCCAGAUAGAUCGGCUAGUACUGGAAAACUAUGAAAAAAACGUCGUCGUAGCCAAGAUCAAAAGCCCCUCUCUCAAGAGUUAUUUGUGGUUUCAAGUCAGCAUUUGGUAA